AUGACUCUUAUUGUAUUGACUUCGAUUGAAUAUGAACUCAAAACAGCAAGCCAAAAGUUAAAUAUUUUCUUGUGUUGCAGGUUUCCGGAGUCUAAGCUUGCCCGAAUGUUCAAUGGAAGCAUACCUAUUGUUCUGGACAGUCUGAAACAGCACUAUUUCAUUGACAGAGAUGGGAAAAUGUUCCGACACAUAUUGAAUUAUCUAAGGAGUGCCAAACUGAUACUACCUGAUAAUUUCAACGAAAUUGAACAGUUAUGGGAAGAAGCGAAAUAUUACGACCUCACUAGUAUGGUAAAAGAUGUGGAACUUUAUAGAAAAAGUAAACAAAAGAUCGUAGUGAAGAAAGAAGAGAAAGAAUACUGCGACUGCAUUGCAAUCAGCAUAAGCCCCGAUCUAGGGGAGCGAAUCACAUUGAGUGCGGAAAGGGCGCUUUUGGAAGAAGUGUUUCCAGAACUUAGCUCUGCUCUAAUGGAUUCAAGGAAUUCAGGUUGGAACAUGGAAAACAGAUAUGUUAUUCGAUUUCCUUUGAACGGAUUUUGCAAAUUAAAUUCCGUACAAGUAUUGCAGAGGCUUCUAAAUCAGGGUUUUAAACUAAUAGCAGCUACUGGCGGUGGGGUCGAAGGACAGCAGUUUAGUGAGUAUUUGUUCUGCAAAGAUUGCAAGGCUGCUGCCUGAGAUCCUAUUGUAUAAAAAUAAUAAGGCAAGGACUAAAAUAUUUCUGAACUGAAAUAAAAACAUAAAAAAUAUAAAUAAAAACUGCAGUAGCGACAGCAACAACAACUGCAACAAUUACACACAAAGAGAGAAAAAAUAUCUUCCAUUCUUUCAUGUUUUUUUUUUCACAAAAUUUUGUUUUAUAUUUUUAAAAUUUUCCCUGUUCUACCAUAAGGAAAAAAAAAACUGUUACGAACCAUAUUUGGGGGGAGAUAAUAAUAUUUGAAAACAGACGUUGCAUUCUACGUCCAUUUUGCGUAUUUGUUUUGGUUCGUUUUCAACCUUAUUCAACAUCGCUCUCGUCUCUUUUAUCAUUUAAUAAUUUUGAAGAUAUUUCAAAACCUCCAGGCAUUUUCCCCGUGUUAAUUAACCAACAGACAUAUUUUGAACAUUUUAUUUUUGUUCCGUUUUCAAAAUUUUUCCUUUUGUUUCAUUCCAUUAUAUUUUCAUUUCCUUUUUCAUUUCCUCCGCUCUUUCUUUCUUUCUUCGAAUUCUUUUUUUUUUUUUUUUGAGGACAUCUUUGUUGUUCCAUUCAAAAGUGAUAUCCUAUGUAAAUGUCAGAGAUUUCAGUGGAGAGACAAGGAAGAAGAAGAACAGAGAAAAAGAUAAUCAAUGAUGACAAUGAUAUUAAUAAAAAAGAAGAUAACCAAAUACAUUUUAAACGAAUUAUCUUUUAAGUUUUCAACCUUCGUCUCAAAUAAACCCAAAAAGAAAAAAAUAUCUAAAAUGGAAAUUAACAAAUAAUGAAAUUUAAAUAUGGUUGAAAAUUGAAGUUUAAAGAAAUAAAAUGAAAAAAUCAAAAUUUCAAAAACAAAAAAAAAAACAACCAGCGGAAGUUUGUACAUCAAAUGAAAGUAUUUCCUGGCGUCAAGCCUCUUUCCGAUGAUUUUGCUGAUAAAUUACAUGUACUUUAUCUGAAAACAAAAAAAAAAAUAAAUGAAAUAUAUCCAACAAAAGAAUAUAUAAAAAAAACUAUAAAACACUCAAACCACAAAUUAAAUACAUCCAUUUUACAAAAAAAA